UCUGUUGCAACGCCAUUAAUUAAUAUCAACAUCCGUUUAGCUGUGAGUUAACAGUGAGGUCAUCUGGAAUCUGAAUAUACUUGAUAACAUUGUUACUUCUCCAACAAGGUGAUAUUCAUUUCUUAAAAUCAGUUGUUCUGCACAACAUUUUUCAUGGGAUGCCUGGGGUUAAUGAUAAAUACCCCUUAGUAGCUCGCCUUCACUGAAACAGCCACCCAAACAAAAGCUGGAUUGCUCGCCUGUGGUAAUGUCUGUUACUCAGCAAUGUUGGAAACAUAUAAAGACAUUGCAACACAACAAUAUAAAGUUACGAUUAGCAGCGAAAUCAACCUGUUGUUAAAAGUGGUGUGCCACAGGCUUGAUGCCUCGAAGCUUGGCAUAAUGACACAAUAAAGCGUGAUAAGGUUGUUUUAGUUUACAAUCGAUAACUGAAAAAUACAUGUCUAGGGCCUUCUACAAUUAAUGUACUGUAUAUUUACAGGCAUUGCUUUUAAAACUCUGAAAUGAAAUGAAAGCAAUAUUUAUGUGUCAAUGUUUUUAGCUUUAUGGCUAAUGAGGGACAGUUCUACGUUUUUAGACCAGCUUUUUAAUGAUGAGGCGUUCAUAGUAGUCCAUAGAGUACAAAUUGUACGUAGCAGAGUCCUUGUCAAUUUCACAUUAUUCUCUCAGUAUGGUGUUUAGCAAUACGAUUGUUGUCAUCACCAGUUUUUGUCUUUCGUUUGUGUUCAGUCAGUUGUGUGCUUAGGUUUCUAGUUGAUCUCUCUGUCAACUGUUAUUCAGUUGGUCUUUGCCCCGAUACUCGUCAUAAUCAGGUACAUUCCAUAAUGCAUGGACGUGAUGAAUCUCAUAAAACAGUUUCUGUUCGGAUUUCAUGGAGGUAGGGUUCUCGAAUAAUUUCUAGUUCUUUUGGCAUUUUGAAAAGAACAGGAUUUUAAGGGAUACAUUACUUGGUCUGUGCUAAAACGUGCUGUCGCCUUUUGGUGAUUUCCCACACAUGGCGCAUAAAAAAGUUAAGUUUAAGUCAUUUUGUUUGCACAGUUUGAACUUCGGCGACCGCUGGUGCGUUCACUGUUCACUCUCAAGAGCUUGGUUCUUCCAUCUCCCUGUAGUAAAAUUGCAAUUUCAUGCCUUCCACACAUUCUCGAAAAACUUUCUGUUACUCCCACGUUAGGUCAAAGCAUUUUUCCUCCUUUAUAAUCCUCAUCAUAGUCGGUAUUAUCUUUCAGUUUUAUGAAUUUUGAAGCUCCGCUUUUAGGCUUGGCUAAAUAUAUAUAUUAACUUUACGCUUGUCAACUUGGGAGUAAACAUUAUACUCCUUCGAUAAAUAUUACAGACAAAGGCGAUCGAGGGAGAGCUUUUUUUUACCACCUAUCCGACUAAGUUAUUGUGGUAAACUGGAUCUAACUUCACUGUAGCCUUCCACGCAGACGUUUUUAGCGGAAUACGAGCUCUCCUACAAAAAAAGCCUGCGUGGGAGGCUAUCUUCACUGCUGCUGUAUAUGUCGUCACAAUGACGUAUUUCGGGACCAAAAACAUGUCAUAGCACCACAUGCACUACGUAAAAAAACUACAAUUUAUUUUGAUUUUAUGUAAUUUUGUCCUUGCUCCUGUGCCAAUACAUUCAUUUUUCUCGCGUUAAAAAUACCCCUAAUUUUGACCAUAUAUGGUCAUUUGGCGGUAAAUUGAUUUCCUUUAAUUAGCUGUAACUUCACACCAUUUUAUCCUAUUGAGAUGGGGUUUUGACAAAUAUUCUUCCUGUGUAGCAAAAAUAUCUGUAACGUUUUGAACACUGCUUUUCAAAUUUUUAAUGCUGUUACUAAAAAUAGGUGUCACUUUUGAAGUCAGACUUUCAAGAAAAGUGAAAAAUACCUUUACAAUGGUAAAAAUUUGAAGAAAAUUUUUUUCUGAUUAAGAUGUUCGAACGGCUUGCUUAAUUUGGAAUAUAAACUACUCUUCUGUGAGCCAAAAAUUGAAUUUAAGAAGUUGCGAGAGGAAAACCCCUAUCAACCGACCAUCGUGAAAGGUAUUAUUUAAUCUGAUUUAAUCUGAUUUAAGUCAAUAUACUAAAAACAUAGAAACAAAUUAAAAGUUGGGUAAAAAAUGACAUAUACAUCAUAAGUUAGUUAAACAACAACAGUUAUUUUCUGAGGAAUUUCGAUUACCCUUUUCUCUUUGACUGAUGCUAUCUUAAACCGAUGCCUGUAAUAAGAACGCAGAAAGAAGUAAUGGUUAAUUCUUGUUUGUAAUCAAUCCAACAAGAACAUUUACCCUGAAAAGGAUGAACAUUAAUUCCUUAUUAAAUGAGAUGUUUUAACAGCUGACACGGAACACAUAAUUAAGUGCCUUAAACUACUGCUGAGACUCUAGUCAGCUGUCUAGUAUUUAUAGUAUUUUCCCAGCAGCUUGAAAUCAAAUCACGUUUCAACUUCCUCUAGCUACAACAAGGUAGGUGAUCAGAAAUGUUUCGAUACUUUACGAUAAACUCUACUUGCAAUAGAAACACACUACAGUUAAACCUCUCCUCUCCGAAACGGCUACCUGGGGGACAGAAGAAAUUGGCCGUUGUCUGAGAAGAGGUUUAAACAGGAGACAAUGUGUGAACCGACCGCCCCAAAAAGUGGCCGUUGAAGAGAGUUUUCCCGUUGUGAAGAGGUGGCCGCUAGUGGAGAUUCGACUUUAUAACCGCUUCGAAUUCGGAAGUUGAAACAGAAAAUUCAUCCCGAUUUUAAUUCCAAAAGGUUCCACAAAGGGCAUGUGAAUCAUUUAAGCGCAUUAUAACGUUGGGGAUAGGCACUUUCGAAAUAUCGUUUUCUUCUUUCAAAAGAACGCAGAACAAGUCUUCAAUUGCCAUAUGGACUUAUAGCGAGUAAAAUUAUGCACUCCUUCGGAAUAUCGCUCUUCUUACCUUAUUUCGUCGUUCGUGACUUAGAAAAUUUGUUAAGUGAUUUGUAACCAGGAUCGCAUUGGUUGUUUACCAUGGAUAAACCGGUCGGUUCACGGACCGGUUAAUUUCUUCCCGGAAUCACGUUUACCAUUUUUACAAACAUGUUCCAUUCACCAAAAAACGGUGCAAAGGCCGGAACCUAGUAUGAAAGAUGACUUUCAAAAAAUGGAACACGCCGAAUUUCCGAUUCGAACAUUCCGUCAGGAAAACUGGACUACUUUUUCAAACGUUCCGUUCGGGUAUUUCCAGAAUUUUUUGGAGAUGGUAAACAACUAUAAUCUUUAUGAAUUUCAUAUAUUGAUACUGUCGAACCCUGACUACCUUUUUUUAAUUGCAGAUGAUGUCACGUUUGAGUUUCCUAUUCUUAUUCCUGUGUGUUGUAAUACAGCGGAAGGCCAUUGAUGUCAAUGGGUGUUGCAGCUGCGAGGAGGUAAUUUAAAGAUUUCAAAACGUUCUUGGCAUUUAAUAAUCUAAAUGCAUACUUCCUUUCGCAAUCAUUCCGUUAUCAAUCUUUCCACUUUCUUUCCGGUUUCCAUGUAAGGUAAUUCAAGUCUCAGAUUCUGGAUUCCACGCUGUGGAUUCCGGAUUCAAGGUACUGGAUUCCGGUUUCCGGAUUCCAAUCGUUAGCGAGAUUCCGGAUUUCUUGAGCUAAGUUCAGGAUUCGAAAGCCCAGGAUUUCGGAUUCCACAGGCAAAAAUUUCAUGUAUUCCGGAAUAUGGAUUACCUUACGUGGGGCAAUUUUGGAUCAUUUUACGUUUCUGGGAAACUGCCCACGUAAUAAUAAUAAUAAUAAUAAUGGAAUUUAUAUAGCGCUUAUACAUCGCUGUUCUACCCCUCCCCUAAGCCAACAUUAACACUUACGUCUCACUUAGGGAAAAAUGUUGGCUUAAGAGGGAGGGGUAGGUGGGCAGUUUCCCAGAAACGUGUAAUGAACCCAUAUUAACAAUUCGACUUGAGGACAACUACAAAUAACUUACUAACUGACAGUUGUCUUUUGUCAGUUUCCCAAAGACUGCUUCAGUCUUCCACCGAACUCACCAAGUGGUGUGUAUAAGAUACAGCCCCUGGUCGACAAAAAGCCAUUUGAUGUGUACUGCGAGACGGCAAUUCAUGGUGGAGGCUUCACCUUUCUUCCUCGUGGCUUCACUAGAUUACCAUAUGCACAAAACAUCGUCAAAGUUUUAUUUCGAGACAAGAAGAACGUCCUACUUAAAUUGCAGAAAAAGGUUGAUCGUAGCGAGGCAUACACUCUGAUCCAGCCUCAUCCGUCGUUCGCGAACACAGAGUUUGGUGUGUUAAUCAACAGCUUCCAGGGUUACACCACGCCACAGAACGCCUUCAUGAAAGAGUACAUCUUCCUCGGUAUUAUUCCUGCAUCAGCUGCACGCCACCGAAGUGUUCAAGGCUUCAGAUCCAAUGGGCACACAGUCCAGUUUACAAAUUGCGAUGCCAAUCCAAACAGCUAUUUUGCAUUCAUGCCAAACCACAAUCUGCAAACUCCCAGUUCCUACCACAGCCACAACCUAAUCUACGAGAAAGUAGGUGUGGCUGUCGACUGGCGCUCCAAGGCAAUUCCCAUCACCCAUCCUGAUCGCACCAUGCCGAACGAAUUCUUCUUCUUGACAGAACUGCAUUUUGGUGGUUGUGGAACCUACACCUCCAGUAACCGAUGGAGCAAGUUUGGCUUUCAUGCCACCGCCAUUGGAAUUCGCUAAGAGUUGGCUUUUCCCUUCUCACCUUUAGAUUGCUAAUUCGACGUAGCUACAAACUUCUGUUUUUGUGUUGACUUAUUUUAGGGUAAACCUUCUGAAAUUUUGGUGUUUCAGUUUUCACAACGAUUUCAAUAAAACGACCCGUUAGUUUCAAGUGCUCAGUACACUUCGGAAAGUUGGUCGGUUUCGGAUUAGAUGUAAAUGUAAGUUAAAUUCAUGUCAGACAAAAACAGGCUAAGUGUUUGUUGUAACUUAAAGAAACAGGUGAGAACAAAGAAAAAUAAAAGUUGUUA